AUGGGAAUAGACAAGCUAAAUGAUUCUGAUUAUGUGUUUCUUUCAAGUACAUACGCAAAAGGAGGAAGAUUGCAUGAUGUGAGUAGGGUGAGAACAAAGCUCAAGGAAAUAGGAAUCCAAAAGAAAGCAGGCUGUAGUUUGCCAGUGGAGUUUACUUGUGGGGAUUUUUCAAACCCUCAAUCAGCAGAAAUUUACUCAAUGUUGAAUGAGAUUGAAGCAAGAGUACAUGAAGAGGAAUUGAAAGAAGGGUCAUCAUUUUACCAUAGUGAGAAGCUGGCUGUAGCUUAUGGGCUCAUUUGUUUAUGA